AUGCCUUUCGAUUCGUCUUCAGCGAGUGGGGAUGGUUCCUCUGCCAUUAAAAAAGGCUUGAUUGCAAUCGGAUUAACAGCAACAACAUUAUUAUCGUAUGCUGCAUAUAAAUAUUGGCACGCUGGUGAAGAUGAAAAUACAAAACAAAAAUCAGCUUCAAAAUCAACAAUUCCGAAUUAUUCUCUGAGUACUGGAGAUGAGAAAAGAUUUGAAUCGUGGAAGACUUUUGAAAACAAGAAACUCGGAAUUUUAUUUAAAUAUCCUCCGACCUAUGAAGCUUCUUUGAUUAACAGCAGCCAUUUGAGUCAGAUUCAGCUAGUUGAUACGGAGAAUCCUCAUUCAUCGGUAGUGAUUUUGAUUAGUGUUGAAGAAAAUAUGAUGAAUUUCGAUGCACUCGAAUAUUCUGAACAAAAUUUGGAACUCCUAACACAACAAGCGAUGGGUAAAGUUAAUAUUUUGCAAAAACAGGGAUUUUACACCAAUGGCAAUAAGGGAGUUGAAAUAUUAUUUGAUAUUAUUGGAGAAAACAGCACGAUCAAAGCUUACAUUGCAAGUAUAUCUCAAGAAUCUAAAUGCUAUAUGGUACAACAUUUGGUGUCUUCAUCCUCUGGAAUUGUAGAAAAUUUUAACGUCAAUUUAAUUAGAGAUAUAAUAAGAAAUUUGCAAAUUUCAAAACCAACCUAUUUUGGAAAAGCUACGAUAUGCAAAAUGAAUGGAAUGGAGGUUACAUUUCCAUCACUGUUCUACUCUAUUAGACCUAACAAAGAAACUUUAUUGACUAUUGCAAGAUAUCACAAGGAAGAGGUUGUGAAAGAAAUAUCGAUAUUUAACAUGGGUGAUAAUUUCUCUAAAGACACUUAUUUAAAAAACAUCAAGAAUAUGCGCUCUUUAAAAGAAAUUCCCGGCUCUAUUAGCAUUUGCGGAUCCAUGGGAGAUGUUAUGACAUACUCAGACAACAAUGAAAAGCAUAUUGAUGUAAUUGUGAAAUUAGAAAAUGUAUACUAUUUGAUUGCAUCUCAUUGCAAGGAAGAAAUUUUUGAAGAUUUUAAAGCAGAAGCUUUAUUGGCAGCAAAAAGCCUAAAGUUCACAGAAGCAAGACUUAAAGAUGAGCUUCUGUACGAAAAUUCAGAAUACAGAUUCAAGAUUGUCGUACCUCCCAAUCAAAUCAUCCAUCAAUUCUCUCAUCAGGAACCUGUUGUAUCUUUUCUUUCGUCAGAUACUACGAAUGAGGAAUUAGAUUACUCCAAAUUGACCCUUGAAGCUAUGGUGUCAGUUGAACCUGCUCCAGAAAAUGUUACUAACAUUGAACAGGUCAAGCAGACAUCAAGAAAAUUACUGUUAGAAAACCCAAAGUUCACAAUUCUCAAUGAAGAUAUUUCCAAAAUCAAUGGUCAUGAUUGCUAUACAAGUAUUUAUACUCUCUCGAACGAAGGCAGCUUGGGGUUAACAUUUAUGGUUACUUCAAUUUUGCAUGAACAAAAAGUGUAUUCAAUCUCAACCUACACUCUUGCUCAAGCAUACGACCAAGAGGUUGCCAAACUCUUCCAGAGAAUUCACAACAGCUUUCAGUUAUUUUAA